ACAAAGACAAUCCCUUCAAUCUUGAAUUUUCCCUCAUUCACUCCGCCACCAGGCUCUAGGAACAGGACACAUAUUCACUCUGUUUGGACAAGAACUUAAUACCGAAAGCUGGACAAGAUUUUUUAAAAUAAUAAAUCCGUUUGGGAGCAGGAUUUGGAAUAAGCUCUUCCUCUUUUUUUCCCCCUCUCUCUCUCUCUUUGAUGCCUUUCCGAGGAUCAGACAGCCUGACAAGGAAAGUUGUGACAGAUUUAGAAAGCGGCAGCGCAAAAAAAGAAGGAAAAAAAGACAUCCAGAGAGAGGCAGAAGCUUUGCCCUGGAGGUUUCAGAGGAGGAAACAGGACACAGAUAAAGAGGCAGCGAUAAUCUGGGAGAGACAGACAGAGAGAGACUGGGAGAGGGAGGGAAGAGCACAGCUGUUGUGUGAAGAGAAAAUAAAGAUAAAGAAAAGUGUGAAGGGCGAAGGGGAGGACGCUGACGAGGGGAAUCAAGGCUGGACAGAAAGAGGGGCUUACAUAAAAGACAGAGAUUACAGAACAAUUCAAGUUGAAGGUCAAGAAAGAGGAGGAAAAGUGCAGUUAUAAAAAGGCAAACAGAGACAAGAACUGACACCUGACAUCUACGGCGAGCAUGGAGGCGCAGCAAGACACGAGGGAAGACUCUCUCUGAAGAAGAAAGAAAGACAGAAAGGAGCUGUGUUUGACCGGAGGAAGACAAGACUAUUUCCUCAUCAUGUUUUAUUCAGCUGCUUUCCCAAAUUCAAACAACCUGCGCCGGAAGAGCAACUUUGUUCCUGGAUAGAAUGACGAGAGAAGCGAAGAGAUACCUGCCAAGUCUGUGAAACCCCCCUAACCUUCCUCUCCUUUCCCUUCUUUCACUUUAAAACAAGCUUUUUAAUUCACCGACUCCUUCCUCCUUCCCUUGAUAUCUCCUCUCUUCCUUCUCCUCUACCUCAUCUCCUCACUAUGUGGAUACCAGCUGUGCUCCUAUGGAUUCUUAAUACCAGCAAUUUGUGCUCAGGACAAGACUAUAUGGACUAUUAUCAAACUGGAGACAUGGGCACUACGGUGAGGCAUUUAAAUCCAACUUUCACAACACAAACAUGAGCUUAGCCUCGACUUGAAUUUUAAAGCACUUUUGGGGGCGUGGGACCAAAACACAACAGUUACAGAGUGUUUAUCUGCAUUUACUACAGAUUACAGGCAAAUUACUACAGCAAAAAUCCCUAAAAUGGAAAACAAACAAGAGUAUUUUUACUCUAAAAGCGUGAGAUAAAAUAAGUAUCUAUGGUAGAUUUAGAUAUGAAAAGACGGCACUGUUCCUCUAGCUGGUUAUUCAUUCAGGAAAUUUCAUUGAGGACAAGAUUCCUUUUACAAGACAGAUCUGGCAAGCAAAGUUCGCAACUUCCGAGCAGGACAGUUGACUCAGACAACCAUCUAUCGUGUGUUUUAAAGGGCAGUGGCAGCUGCAUGAGCAUAGAGGAUAUCUCUUUAAUCCAGCAUAGAGGGAAGAGUGGAUUAGAUGAUGGUUUGUCAUUGCUCUGUAAGGGGAGAUAUUACCGUUACAGCAGAAUUUUUUUUUUUUUUCAAUUAAGGUUGUUUGCACUUUUUAUCAAUGUAAAAAUAAACAUGCAUCCAAUUUUAAGAUCAAUGAAAAAGGUUUGGGGGUAUUAUGACUGCAAAGGGCCUUUUACAAGAUAGUAACAUUUGCAAACAUUAGAUCGGGUAUGAUAUACAGUAAGCAGGUGGUUGUGCGAAGCUUAAAAUUGCAAUGUUAUGCUUGAAUCUGGCAACUAGCAAGAAAACUGUGGGUGUGAUUUGCAGCAAAGUCAAAAACGAACAUUUUUUCUAUGGAUUUUGAACCGAUUACCUGGAUCAGUGGUCUUAUGUUAUUAAGUCCAAUUGAAAAUCAAAAGUUUCUUUUUCUUCAACCAGUCCAGCAUCCCUCGCUUUGUCUUCACUUUCUCCCUCAUACGGUCUUCUUUCAUAUGCUGGUAAUUGAUUAGUCAUUAACCAAGAAUCUAAAGUAAAUUUAAAGUAAUAUUAAGAUGGUAAGUUGUGAUGUUCCUCUGCGCUAUCAGACACCAGCAUUUUAUUUGCAACAGUUUCAACAAAAGUGCCGAAAAACGAAUGUAAGAUGAAUAUCAAGGGGACCUAAGAAUGACCCCUGUGGAACACCUCUUAGCAUGCUCCUAUUAAUAGAUGCAUUUGCAAACUAAUGUUUUGCCACAGAGUCAACAGGCGCAGAUUAUUGCUGAACUCCUUAUAGGAUAUAUAAUAAAUGUCAAGGGGCCCAAUAAAAACCCUUGUGGAACACCUUUUGAAAUGUUCUUCUAAACGAUCUUGUUUAUUGAUGCUCGUGCGAACAAUUUUUUGGAAUGUUCUUUUAAACAAAGUGAGUGAUGCUUUUACAAACUAAUGUUUUGCUACAGAAUGAAUGGCAAGGGGCCUGAUAAAGACCCUUGUGGAACACCUUUUGGAAUGUUCUUCUAAACUAUCUUGUUUAUAGAUGCUUUCGCAAACAAUUUUAUUUUUGCUACAGUCGACAGGCAGAGAUGAUCGCUAAACUCCUUUAAUAGGAUAUAGAAUGAAAGGCAAGGGGCCUAAUAAAGACCCCUGUGGAACACCUUUUGGAAUGACUUCUUAAACUAUCGUAUUAUAGAUGCUUUUGCAAACUAAUGUUUUGGCAAGGGGCCUUUUAUCUAGGCUAUCAGACAUCAUGUUUUUCACCAUAGUAUCAACAAGCAGUGCUGAAGGGUGCCACAUUUCUGAAUGUGUAUAAUUGGGUUGUCCUCACUGUUGCUUUUGCUGUUAGAUUUAGUUACUGUUAUUAUGGCGUUUUGAUCAAUCAGAAUUAAGCACUUGACACAGCCUGGGAACAAAAAAGGCUUUGCGAUGUUUGCAUAAUUAAGAAAUGUGUGGGAUAAAUAGCAAAGGGGCCGGGUAUUGACCCUUGAGGAACACCUUCUAUCUUUUUAGUACUAUCUGCAAUGACUGACUAAAAUAUAAUCAAGUUAAAACAAAAUAACUUGUACAAAUUCUCUACAAUCAAGAGCUCUGUAUAUACGUCUGCAUGUAAAGACUGUCUAUGUAUAUGACACUUGCAUAGGCAAGUAAACAAUGUCAAGAAGAGACAGACUUCUGGGUAGAUUAGAUCAUCUAGAUAUUACGUUUUCAUUAAUAGAAAAUCUUUACGCAAAGAUCCAAAUAAAAUGUCAAAUAGUAGUUCUUAUCUUAUGGGUUUAACCUAUUCAGUCUUUGUGCCAUGGGUGUUUCCUUUGCAUAGAGUAAAAUACCGUUUUUAUGAAAUCCUUUCAAACUGUAAUAAGUGCAUCAUUUGCUCUGGUCUCCUUUACUGUAAGUGCUGUAGAUAAGACAGCAGAGAAACUAUUUGACAUUUCGUGUUGCGUCGAAUUCUGACUCAUCGGCUUCAAUGAAAGCCUCCUUUCCCUAAAAGUGAGUCACUCCUCACUCACAACACAAGUUAACAGAUGCAUCUGAUAGUGAUACUGUUCAAACACAGGGUUGAAUAGGAGUAUAAAACAGUUGUGUAGAAAGUAUUAGGAAGUUUACACAGGCGGACGAGUGCAUGGGUGUGUGCAUGUGCAUGUGUAGAAGUAUCUAAUGAUGCAGCCCGAAGCGGAGGUCAGUCAUUCAUAAUGACCUCAUAGUCCCAAAGGGAUGAUCUCAUGAUCACUUCAGAAUGUAAACGAAGAGAGAGAAACAGAGAGAGAGUGAGAGAAAACCCGGGAAGACCUUGAAAGGGGAGAAGGAGGGGAAUCAAUCCUUUCGCAUACAACCCAACUGCAGUUAAAUAUUAUGUAACAUGAAUUGUAUGUUACGUUUUAGACGAUAUUGUUAACUGUUUACAGAACAAAUAGUUUCAACUCUAACCGUAAACUAAAAGGAUGAAGAUAGAUUCUAACCACAUUGACAAAAACGACAAACCUUUGCUUCACCUCCUGCGCCAUCACAAGGUUGAUUUUUGCGGGUUGGGUCCAAACUUUCCCUUGAGCACCAAUGAGCAACUGCUAUCAGGGAUGUGAUUGAAAUCAAGGAAAUGGAAACAGAAAGGGAGGUUUCUAAUGCCAGAUCGUGAUAUGUAGAGAUAAAAAGAAAGGAAAAGGCGGGAGAGUCAGGAAGAUAUAUUCACGGACAGAUUAAGACAGGAUUGUGGUUGAUGUCUAAGUAACAGCAGCUGAACCCCGUAGGGCGUCAGGAAUUAAACAACCACCCAUACAUAACACUCAAAUGACCAACUCCCAGUUGAAGAUGUUACCGAGAUUUCGAUUAUCAUCUUCAUCAUCUACCAUGUUCCUGCAGGGCAGAACCAAGUCAUCCAUCAUAAAAGCAGAAAAACCAUUAUGGAGGUGACUCAGUGGGAACGGUUUACAAGGCCUAUCCAAAUCAAAAUAGCCUUUUUUAAUGGACUUGGUUCACUACAUAAAGGCGUCUUUGUACAAUAGUUAUAAUAACGAUAUGGGUGUUGGCUGUGCUGGCAAUUUACAGCCUGUUUGGUCAUUAAGGCAGGACAAAUGCUGCAUUUAAGGACUCUUUAUGGAGGAGGUUGGUGGUUUAGCUUGUGACAGAGGGCUUGUAAAGGAUUGGUUCGGUGAAGAUUGGAUAAUAAACCGUGGAGAAGCACUUGGAAAAUACAGAAACACACCGAUGUGCAACAAAGGUUUUACCAAAUGGAAAAACUGGGUCAGAUUACAGCGUCUUGCUGAAGGGCACGGCUGCAGCGGGGCAAGUAUUUUCAAAUUUUAUCACAGCGCCUCGGGUGACGGUGUUUGAAGUGAUCAGUCUAGGAGGCAGAAAACAGGGGAGAAAUUUCAACCAAAGCUUUCAUGAGCACUCAAACGCAUCAAAGUACGAGCGUAGGUGAGGAGAGGACACACAUAUCCAUAAUAACUAACAGUAGCCAACAGCAACAUGUCACAACACAUUGGUAGCCGAGGUAUUCGCUGUUUAUCCAGCUCCAACCAGCAACUCCAACGCAGAGUUUUCUCCCAAAAACCACAACUCAGAUCAAAUCAACUUCAAAUCCAUUACUCAGAAUAAAAAAGAUUGUGUUUCAGUUUGAUUUAACUCCCAAAAAAAGAGAUGAUAUUGACUCUUCAGUGCAGAAAACUAAGAAAGAUUUCCUCUUCAUGAUUCUUUCGUGUUUCCCAGGCUCCAGCGUUGUCAGACGACCAGCCCAGUUUGGAGUCAGUGACGAGCGUGGAUCAACUUCUACAAGUUCUGUACCCAGAAUACAACUUGCUUCAGCACUGCCUGAGGCAGAAGUCAUGGCGCAACUCUCCCCCCUCUUUCCUCUCCUCCUCUGCGAGCCCGAUGGUCCACUCUGGAGACGAGGAUCUGUGGGGUCAGCCGAGGGAGGAGCCGCUUUUUAAAGUGGACGGGACGCUCGCAGGUAAAAAAGAAACGCAUGAUUCAUUCUGUAGCUUUUAGACCUAGUCUUGGAUUUAAUUUAAAGUUCAAACUUUCUACCUUUUAAUGAGUGGAUUCUAGAAAUAUUUCAGUGCACCAGAGAAACAAAAUUCGGUGAGAAGCUCUCUUGUCAGAAACCGAAUCCUGUUACUUAAUCACAUCUGUUUCCAGUCAUCUUAGAGGAGAUCCAGAAAACUUCAUGCCAGCCCAGAGAGGUGUGUGUCGAGGUAGCCAAAGAAUACCCAGAAUCCACCAGUCAGUUCUACCUCCCACGUUGCGUGGCGUUACAUCGGUGCGGCGGCUGUUGCACCAACGAGGCCUUCUACUGCACAAAUACGAGCCACGCGCUCGUGAACAAGACGGUAGGUGCCACAGCUGGAUCAUUUCUUAUCGACUGAUUUAAACGUGAGACGCUUUAAGGCAGUGGAAUUAUCUGACAGUCAGUCCAACUGCUUCAGAGGAGAGGUCAGAAGCCAGUCGAGCCAGCUCAUCUCUAUUAUAGCCAGCUGUGCAGCAGGGGGACGCCCUUUGGCUGCAACUGGACCUCAAAUCAAUACACACUCACUCACAGUUGCACAAUUUCCCAGCUAUUACGUCAACUACAGUCGAAACCCCUUUGUCAUGAGAGCUGAAGUAGAGGCAGAGGAAAACAAAACAAAGAAAAACACCAGUAAAGUGCUAUUUUAGUGUAAAAACAAAGAGCUCUUCAAUUCCCUUCAUUCUGCCUCACCAGUUGAUGGAGCUGUCCCCGCCCAGGAUGGACCGCUCGGUCGUCAUGGUAACCUUCGUCAACCACACUUCGUGCGAAUGCCUUUCCAAGCGGCCGCUGCACUCCAUCAUCAGACGAGCCGCGGCAGAUCACCUGUGAGUGGGCAGUGACGUGUGUAAACCUUCGUGAGUCAUUCUCCGCUCUUACAGCAUUUUGCAGCAUGUGUGAGCGUCUCUGUGUGUGUGUGUGUGUUUGUUUGUAUAGGUGUUCCCCACCCGAAGUCGACUGUGCCCCGGGGUCAUUAUGGGAUCCAGUAAACUGUGUGUGUGUCUCUACAGACACCAUAAACUAUUCUGGGAGAGAGGCAGGUAAGUGUGCUCAAGUUAAAACAUUUCUUCUCGAAUGCUUCAGGGGUUCAAAAGUUCCCAUCUGGAGAUAAACAUGUUUUCGUUUCCACCACAUGUAAGCCUCUGCUUUAACUCUGUUUUCCACCUACUGGGGUAUCACUGCUGUUUUUGUGGUCAUAUUUUUAGUAAGGUACAAAAAGCAUACCAUAGUGGGUCUCCUGUAGGGUUUGCCAUGUCUGUUUUGGUGUUUUUCCGCCUCUGCAUUUGUCUGCGCUGGCCUGUACCUUCCCCUCCUGAAAGAAUCAGUACUUUUACAUUUCGAUUGAUUUUCUCUGUCAUAUUUACGGCUGAACCGAACUGAAACUGGCUUCAAAACAAGCCUUGGUACGGUGGCCGAGAACCUCCACUGCUGCAAAUAAAAAAAGAAUGCAAAAAAGAGAAACCACAACGGAAGUUCCUGAUGGAAUAAAAGAAACUGAAGCCCGCUGAAGAAACGGUGCAGAUACAAAAAGCCACAAUGGAAGUUAACAACGCCAAAAAAGAGGCGAUGGAAAAAAAAAAGUUAUUUAUUGCGAAAAUACAAGGAUGCAAAUAAAAAAAGCCACAACGGAAGUGAGCUACCGGGUACCAAUAAUGAUGAUGCACCGGUAUUUUAUGAUCAAAAGACGUCAGCAAGAAGAUGAGCAAAGAAGUAACUCGAAAGGUUAUUGUUUAAUUUCGCUUCGUAAACUUUUCGAUGUUUCAGUUGGUUAGGCCAUGUGGUGCCUGAGUCGACAUGAAGUUGAACUGAAGCUAACACUACACGGACAUCCUCCAGUUCAACUUCGUAUCGACUCAGACGCAACAUGGCCUAACCAAAUGACACAUCACAAAGUUUACGAAGCGAAAUUAAACAAUAACCUUUCUACUAACUUCUUAGCCCGUCUUCUGUGCCAAGAUCGUAAAACAUCAGUGUGUCAUCGUUAUUGGUCCCUGACAGCUCACUUCUGUUGUGGCCUUUUUUAUUUGCAUCCUUAUGUUUUCGCAGCAACUUUUUUUUUCCCAUCACCACUUUUUUUUUGCGUCAUUAACUUCCUAUGUGGCUUCUUUUCUUGCAUUCUUUUUUAUUCGCAGCAGUGGCGGUUUUUGGCCACCAUACCUUGGACUUCACAAAUGCUAUUAAGCCAAAGCAUAAAAUCAAAAGUACAGCUUUUAAAAAAGUAUUUAGAGAAUAUACACAGUCAACCCUCUUAUAAAUGGCAUGCAUAAGCUUUAAAAAGUAUAACUCACCUCACGGGGGAAAACGGAGUUAGCCCAGCGUAUGGAUUGUUUAAUGUUACAGCAGCUGGCACACCUGAAUCAAAACAACAGACACCUUAAACCACAAAACGUAAAUCACCUGCUGCGAGGCACGACGUAGAAGAACAUGAUAAGUUUAUAUUUUGGGAUGUGAGCCAGGUUUUAGCUUUAAUUUUUAGAAAAUUCCCAUCCCUACUCUUCAGAUGACGAUAACGAUGAAGCCAGUAAACCGGUAAAUCUGAGCGGCAUGGGUUUCCCCCCGAGGAAAUGUUUACUUAACAGUAAGAUGAGAAAUUCAUCUGUCUUUGUGGCAUUUUACUUGUACAAUCAUGCAGUGAACGACAGUACCCUCCCUAUCAAGACUUCUUAUCUCAACAUCACACUGGCAGAGAUACUUAUCACGCUGGUUUUAGGGGCAGACUUAAAAUAGCUAACCAUGGGAAUGAACUAAUGCUCUGAAUGAGCAUGCCAAAUAAACUUUCCUGGGAAAUUAUGCUUGAAAUCAAUAUUUAUACAAGUGACUCUGAUGUAAUUAAUGUAAACAGCUGCUCUUAAUAAAGAAUCAUUCAUAAGUAAACUGAGACUUUUGCCGAUAGACUGUAUAUGCUAUGGACAACAUGGUUCCACCUUCCACCAGUAUACCGAUUUGAAGCCGAAAAGCUCUCGGUAAUUCCGCGUUUUUUCUCCACUUCCUGAAACCAGCAUUGCGCUGUAGCGUUGAACCCCCUAAUAACUUUUAAAAAAUGGAGCUGUACAGAAAAAAGAGGACUUGAGCACAAACCAGUCUUAACCUAAGUAAUGAUGAUAGCCGUUGAGCAAUAUACAGUCAAGCCUCUGUCAGCCGGCUAGUCUAAACUUGGUCGGAAUUUAGACGUCUAAAAAAACUUUAAUUUUUCAACCUGUGGCAGCCUGAUUUUAGACCAGUCAUCUAGGCUACAUUAAAACAUCUAUUAAACUCUUUUAGACCAAAAAAUGCUCAGUGGGCAGUUACUUGUUUUAGUUUAAGUGUCAAAGGCAUUUAGGUCAGGGAAAAGUUAUUUGUGGUGGAAGUGUUAACAUUUCAUGACGAAACAAAAACAUAUCGGAGAUGGACGAAAUCAUUCUGAAAAAGGCAGAAAUAUCUAACAAUUUGAUUAAGAAAGGCUGUUUCCUCUGUGAAUGUUGAAUAUUUGUCGUAAAUUUAACAGCAAUUCGUUAAAAUCUCACAAAGUUAUGGUACCAUGUAGAGUAAAACCACCAGAGUCAGAAUGAUUCAGCAUCCUCUGGAGACCAUGAAUACCUAAAUAGUCUGGACUGAAGCGUGAGACUCACUGACACACUUUUAUCUGCGCUGCCUUUUCCAAGUGUUACGAAUGACUCCACCAACAACUAAACACCUGAUUAAUGUUUUCUUUUCCCUCAAUCUUUCCAUGUGGUUUCCAGAGGCGCUGGACUCAGGUCUGUUAGCUCUCUGUGGGCCAAACAGAGUUCUGGACCAGUCCACCUGCGAUUGCGUCUGUCGAAACGGGCUCACGGAGGCCAGCUGUGAUCCAGGCUGGAAACUGGACCACAACACCUGUAAGGACGGCUUCACUUUGUGUCAAUACCUCAUAGUGAAGGGAGGUGCAGAAGGUGGUUUUGGUGCAUGACUUGCUUUGGUUUUCCUGUAAACCAGAAAGAGAAAGCAAUCAGGCAAAAUCAAAACAGGCGGAUUAAUCAUGGUUGAUGGGAGUUUUUGGGAAAGUCAGGCUCAUGCAGAUUUCUACACCAACAAGUCCGGACCAGACCACAAAAAAUUUACAACCCAGACAGAAGUGAGUGAUCCCGCGACUGAAUCAUCACAUCUCCUUGUUGUUUGUGUUUCUCUUUCUCCUCAGGUGAGUGUCAGUGCGAAGGUCAAGGCGAAGGGAAGGUGUGCCCCACGGGUCAGCGCUGGGAUGAGGAGCUGUGCGGCUGCGUGUGCGCCGCAGAUUGUCCCGGGAAUCAACCCCUCAACCCUGACACCUGCCUGUGCCAGUGCAGGGAGAGCCCGCAUUCGUGUCUACGGCAGGGCAAGAGGUUCAAGCCCAGCACCUGCAGGUAUGCGCCCUCUGGCAUUGGUCCAUUCUGCUGAAGCGAAUGUUGCUGUUCUCAGCUCUGCGGUCCCUGAAGAAAGAGGGGAGCAGAGGAAAAAUGUCUCCUCCGGGGAUUAAAUUAUCCCAAGAAUCCAGCCUGGGUUUCCUCCAACUGGAGCAAUAACUCUCAGCUAUAAAAAGCCAAUAAGCUAUCAUAAUGAUCAGGUAAUUUCUUGUAACAUGUGAUAAUAGCAAAUGCACUAGAAUUCGCCUUUGCACUUGUUUGCACGUGUCUGAAAACCACAAACAUUUAAGAAACAGAGAUCCCCUCCCUGAGGUUCAUCAUCAUCAUCUUCAUCAUCUUCGGUUCUGGUGCUUUUUCUGGGAAAUGCGGGAAAGUCCGCUUUAGAUGCCAAAAUCAUAAACUACACGACUAUUAAAAACAGAGAUUAGACAUAAAGAGGGAUUCUUCUCUCUGGGUUGCGUCAUAACACUUAAUUUGAGUCAUUAGUUCCUCUUUCCUUUUAUCCAAAGUUGCAUAAUUACAUUACAUAUGAUCCUCCAUGACUUGAUUUCAAACAAGGCUGUUUUGUUACGCUUGGCCAUAUUAUAGAAGCUCUAAUUUAAUUGCUUGAAAAACUGAAUAUUUUUAAGGGAGCAUACAGUAGUUAAUAAAAAUAGUGAUAGUGGGUGAUUUCAAGGCCGCUCUCAGGCAAAAGGAGGUCCUAAAAUCUGUAGGCUUUGAUUAUUACACAGCAGCUUAAAACGAUUUGGCAAAUAAUACCCUGAUUAUUUUCCCGUAAUUGAUUCCAGAGCAGGUUUUCACUGGUGGAUGCACAAUUCCUUUAGUGUUUUGGAUGUUUGCGUAAUUUGAUAAUAAGGGCUCCUACCUGAAAACUAGGGCACUGGAACGCAGAUGUUGUCUGGUUCACACUCGAGCGAGAGUGUUUGGGAUCAGACAGUUCCUGAGGUGAAAUAGCUGUUUCCAAAUUACAACCAUUUGAUCUACUUAAGUUUUCAGCUGAUGUUGUUUUGUGGAGGUACUUGAGCCUGAGAAGCACUUUAGCUAAAAACAGUUUACCUUAAAGAGGCGUGCUUAGGAUUUGAUAAUCCUAUAUUAUGUAGUCUUGUAUUGUAUUAAAUGAUGUCACAUGGUCGCACAGUGUCAUAUAAUAUAAUAUAAUAUAAUAUAAUAUAAUCAUAUGACAUACACUGGUGUUAAAUUGUGUCAAAUUAAUCUAAAUACAUCGUAUUAUAUUGUAUCGUAACUUAACAUAAUGUAACUCAACACAUAACGUAACGUAACACAACAUAUCAUAACAUAACGCUACACAAUGUUAUGUAACAAUUUAUGAUUUAAAGUUUCUUAUUCUAGUGUUUCAUAUCAAAGUGUAAUAUCCUAUCAUAUCACAUAUACUGGUUUUCAAUUGUGUAAAAUCAAAAUAUAUAGUAUUUUUUAUCAUAUCAUAUCACAACACGUUAUGUCACAUAACACAACGUAAUGUAACAAUUUAUAUCUUAAAGUGUCGUAUUCUAGGGUUUCAUAUCAAAGCGUAAUAUCCUAUCAUAUCAGAUAUACUGGUAUCAAGUUGUGUCCAAUCAAAUCUUAUCGUAUCAUAACAUAACGUGACAAUGCAUGCAAAGUUUGGUAUUCUAACAUUUCUCAUCAAAUAGGAUCGUAUACUACCAUAUCACAUAUAUAAGUAUUAAAUUAUGUCAAAUCACAUCAAAUUUCAUCGUAUUGUACAGUAUUGCAUCUACUUAUCGCAUCGUAUCACGUUGACUUAUGUAGUAUAGUGUUACUUUAUGUAGUUAAAUGAUGUUUUCCGUUCCUUCAUGUUUAGCUACUCAUUAUUUUAUAUCGAGUUGUAUCACAUUGCAUUAUGUUGUAUCAUACUAUAUCUUAUCUUUUCACAGCAUCAUACUGUAUUGCGUUGUAUCUUCUCACAUCAUAUUGUAUUGUAACAUAAUGUAACACACAGUGUUGUGUCCUGUAGUGUACUAUCAGUUACACAUCUACAUUUCAAAGCACAUUAGAGUUAUACAAAAGUUCAGUGUCUAUCAAAAAAAGCCUGAAAAUCUCCAACGAAGCUCCUCUAAAGCUUCAGCUCAUCUAUUUCCCCGAUCUAAAGGCUUGAACUGGGAGAACUGGUCUUGUAUUGCAUACUUUUGGUGCUACUUUGGUCCUGGUUGCCAUCAGAAGUCUCCAGCGUGGUAGCUGGGCAAGAAAAAGAAGCGAGGACAGGGAAAUAAUGGAAGUCAGCGGGGAGAGAAAGCAUACAAACUCUCCACGGACAUAUCACACAUUCCUAACUAAAAAAGAAAAACUGUCCGUUUGGUGAGCUUACAUGUUUCAGAAUGACCUUUUAUGGACACAUGGUGACCGAAACAUUCACUGCAUGUGCGAGCUCAGCAUGUGUGUCACAGUUCCCACAGCCGCCACGAAAAAGAUCAGCCUCCCUCUGACCCGAGAGGCCUGCAGAGAGACAGGGUGAACUUGAUGACAGAGAGCAGAGCAGCCAUCAGACAGGCAGGCGGGCACGACGGAGACAGAUGGAGUGACAGACGCGAGGGAAAACACACAUGCAGACCUAUGCGGUGAUGAGAGCGACUUCUAACAAAUGUGGGAAAGUUCACAGACACGCAGCGUAUACACACGACCUUUGAUCGCAUAGUUUCUGUCCCAGCAAAGAGGGUUAAAUUUUCAUCGAAAUAUGCUACAACACCAAACUGGCGUGCAAAAAUCACCCUAAACUUUUACACGACUAAUUAAACUCUCUUUAGUCGAGAGUUUCAAAGCGUUUACCACCAACAAAACUGUGAGCCGCCUUUUCAAAUACCAAACAUGUUCCAGUCUGGCUCUGAAACACAAACAAGGCAGUUGAGGAAGUCUUUAAAACAGCACGCACAAGACAUCUCUUUGACUUCAUCCUUGCCCUGGUUUUGUUUUCUGUUAGAUUCAACAUCUGGUCACAGGAGGCGAUACAUCAGAGGACCAUGCACCUACUGUGAUUUUGAAGAGGAGAGUUCACAGAAUUUGGCCACAGUCCUCCCCUCCUGGGAGACACACUCCCUCUUUUUCUCACACACAGAAUCGUUUGAAGCAAACAAAACUUGGAUCGGGGUUUAUCCAAAAGGGAUGUGCGGAUCUGAAUAAUCAAUAGUGUUGGUGCCAGAAGAAUAAUCUCCCUUGUGUCUUUUUUUUUUUUUCCUCUCUCAACUCCAAACCUCACCCUUUCUUUCUCUCUACAUUCAAACAUCUUUCUUUUCUCCCCUUCUUUGCACCUUAUUCUCCAACUUCCCUCGCUGUCUAGUUGUUACAGGUUGCCCUGCAGAAAGCCAAGACCCGUGUGCCAGAGCGGCUUUUACUACAGCCAUCAAGUCUGCCAGUGCAUCCCCAACUACAUGAGGCCUCAGUGGAAUUAAACAAUCACCCAUACAGAACGGGGCACGCUGCAUUUUUCUCCUGCUACAACAGGCUUGAAACUUUGGGCUGGAAUGAAGGAGCAAGAAGGAAGACAGGACUGCAUAUUUAUACAAAACUGGCAAGGAUGGUGUUUCUUUGUAGACAAUAGGCCUGUAUGCAGUCCUGAACAAUGGCUGAUCCUGAUCAGACCUUAAGACUGUCCGGAAAUAUGACAGCAAGGGUUGGAUGGACCGACAAGACAUGCUCAAGCUCUGUGACUGUGUGAAACGGAAAGUGAACUAAUAAUAAUAAUGAUAACAAUAAUAAUAAUAAUCACCAACCAGACUUUUUACUCUCUUUGUACAGCUGCAGGCGUUUUUACUUCACGUUGGCAGCCUCUGACUAACAACAUAUUUGCGAGGUUGAAGGAUUUAUUCGCCGGUAAUCACAUAACGUGACAUAGCCAGAGGUGGAAAAGGUGACAGCAUAUUUUGGUUCUUGUUGCAGAUUUCCUCAGGUUCUCCUGCCAAACCCUGUUCAAUAAAACGCUAAUUUACACACUCCCAAACAGCUAUUUUACCCUCCAGUUUCUACUUGCCUUUACUGCAGCGCUGCUCUCUGAAUGUUUGUGAAUCCACUCGUGAUUUACUGUCACACUUGGAUACAGUCUUCUGGUAAUUUAAUUUUACAUUCCUUAUGUACUGCUUUUUGUAAAUAUUGAAAUCUUUUCAUAUUUAAAGCUGGAAUCAUGCUGUUGUAUAAUAUAAUACUGUAUUUAUGUCGCUAUCAGAACUAAAUAUUGCUUUAAAAUGAACUUAUUUACAUGUCUUUUUCCUCCCUGCAGUUUGGAUUAUGAUGGAAAAUCUGGAUUGUGUUUGUAACUGCCUGCACUGCAAACUGACGUCUCAUUUAUAGCCGCUGUAAAGAGUUUUAGGAUGAGGCUAUGAAGCAGUGAAGAAAUGAUUGUAUUAUAUUUGCUUUGUCAAGAAAAGUCUAAUCAUUCAAUCACGCUAUGAUUAAAUAUUUAAAGUUGAUCUGAAGUAUGGAUUACAUGCUUGUGUACCUCUGUCAUCAGUAUUGACAACGUGGGGACCAAUAAAGGUAACUGCUGCUGUGUCG